AUGAAUGCGCGUGUUCAAACCGAGGAGUUGAGAUUCAAGGAAUCAAGAAAGAUGGCUCGAAAUUUGAUCAUGAACAGCCCGAUGAUGAAAAGCAAACCAGAAUCUGUCCUACAUCAAGCAAGAAUUUUGGCUCUCCAGCGCAGCAAGACAAGUGGAGGGAUAGCGAAACCCAGGAUCUCUAAGCUUGUGAAACAGAGCGUUACUCCGAUAGUGAAGAUCAAGAAGGAGCCGAGAUCUUGA